UACAUGUGUAUUACCCGUAGCGCUCUCCAUCAAGUAAACAAAAACGACUGUGGAAGUUUCGUCGUUGGUUUUCGUUUCGAGUUUUAGUCGUGUGCACCGAUGAAAUUUAGUAGAAUAAAAUAUAGUUGCAGCCGUGUUGAAUAGCUUAGAAGCUGGCACACAUUUGAGUAGAGUUGACGUACUUUCGUUUGAGUGCAUUCAACGCGUUUGUUUGUUCUUUAAUUUAUUUCGCACGAAGAAAUCUUUUUGCAAUUCUAUUCACAACUAAUUUUUAAAACAGUACCAGACCCAAACAGAAAUUUACUUUGAAUCAAUUAUAAGCUAAACUGAGUGGGCGAUUGCCAUUUGAUUCACAUUGAACUAUCACAUUAAUAAAAAAAACUAGCAUAAUACAAAAUUGAAGGUGUAAUCAAAUUAAGGACAGUGGCAAUUGAAAUAAAAAUCAAAGCGAAAUUGCAAAACUAUCUCAGAAAUCGAACUGCAACAAGGGGCUGGCCAAUAAAAAACAAACAAAACAAAUGCACAAGCUUGCUGUCGUAGUGUAUGUGUAAAUUGAAUUGUCAGUCAAAUAUAUUAGAUAACGGGGCAGUGUGUGCCGGCGGCGGAAGUGCUCUUGAACUUGAUAUUUGGAUAGUAAAUACAUACAUACAAAAUACCCGUUGGUUUUGGAUAAAGAGAGCUGUUGUGGAAGUCGUAAGAAAAUUAGGUAAAGCAGAACGAAGAGAAUUGAAUGCAGAAGCAUAUCAAGGUGCAAUCAAAGUAAAAACAAUUCAUUGUCAAGGAUAUUCGCACCGCAUCGGAGGAAAUUUUUGAAACUGAGACUUCAACAACAGAAAUAUGGAAGCUCUUGGAGAUUUAUUGGCGCCAUAUAGCGAGCAUAUUGCUAAACUCGCUGGAGCGGUAACUACCUUACAGAUUCUAUCUGGGUUCUUUUUGCUUAAUGAUAUCCGGAAAAAGAAGUCUAGUGAUGAAUAUCCGCCGGAACCAUUCAUCGUUGGUCUUGUGCUUGCUGUUCUCACCUUAAAGAUGGGUACAUUGAUAGGCGAUUCUGCCACUAUAACGGUGAAUAUCCUCGGUUUCGCCCUUAAUGUCGUUUUCUGGACGGUGUUCUAUUGGUAUGCUUCGAAUGAGAGCAAAAUGAAAAUAUGGUCAAAAACUGGCAUUGCUGUGGCAUUUACGGUAGCUUGCUUAGCGUACGCCACUUUUGAAGACCCGAAGAAGAUUGAAUUCCGUUUUGGUAUGCUCAUUACCGGCAUUCUGGUAUUUUUAGUUGGAUCUCCACUCUUACGACUCAAUAAAAUAAUCGAAAAAAAGAGUACAGCCGGCAUGCCAUUUCCAAUUAUAUUUACAGGCACGCUGGUAGCGGCAUGUUGGGCCCUAUAUGCAAUUUCUAUUCGAAAUCCAAUGAUGGCCUACCAAAACCUAUUCCUAUUAGUCCUGAGUUCUAUACAAUUAUCGCUCUUUGCUAUUUACCCGAAUACACCAACAAACUCGGAUUCGAAAGUAACACAAUCACCAUCUUCAUUAGAACACAAGGGGUCUAAUAAUAAAACAUCAAUUCCUUCGACAAGCAGCAAUGAUAAUAAAAAGUUGAACUGAACAAGGUUUGCUACAGUUGACGAAGGCUGUGAAAGUGCCUAGAAAUCAGAUUUGAAGGCUUGGAGAUAAUAAUCUCACUUCAUCGUAUUAAUCUACUAAGAUUUACAAUAAUAUGCUUGCGCUUUAGUCAUUUUAAUCGCUAAGUAUUGCCACAACGCAUUAUUUGUAUUGUGUUCUUCCAAAUGUGCACAAAAACAGCAAAUCGCUUUGAAAAUUAACUAAUAACACUGUAAUUGUAAUUUUUGACAAUAAAACAAAUCUUCCAAAUGUAAAUUUAACAUUAAAGUAAACCGCUACAUAUGUACAUAAAAAUAUCUUUGAAUAUUGCGAUGUAAAAAUUAGCAACUUAGCAAAAUUAGUACGUAUGCAAUUAGUUUGUUGAAAUAUAAUAAAGAAAGAAUGAGCAUAUAUGUACAUACGUAAGU